AUGCAAUUUGAAAGUAGUCCGAGAUGUAUUCCAAGAUUUUUGAUGCAGUUAGCACGAAGGCCAGUUCUUCAGGUUAUCAUUCCACACAUAAAUGUUUUCCGAUUUCUAGGUGUUAUGUUCAUAUAUAUAGUUUUGCUUAUAUUAUUCAUAUGCUGCAGUACUGAUUUUUUUAACAUGCUUUUUUUAAGAUUAGCUUGGUUUCAUGCUUUUCAGGUUCAAAAAAAAAUGGAAGACUUAAAUUUACAAAUGUAUUUAGUGCCACCAGUGGAUAAUAUUUCACUUGCUGAAUUUCAAGAAUUAGCAUUGAACAGGUUAAAGGUACUGAAAGCUGUGGAACAAGUGAAGGAUCGCUUUCCACGUACAAAUGAAGCACUAAAUGAUGCUUUGUCUAAGGAAUUAUUGAAAUUGAUGCCAAUAGCUUGUGGUUGCUGUCCGUUUGAAGAAUUAGAAAAAGAAAGAAGACGAGAUGUUAUAUCACAUUUUAUUCUUCGUCUUGCAUUUUGUCAAACUCCUGAACAAACUAAAUGGUUUAUUCAGCAGGAAGUGGAUUUAUUUCGAUUUCGAUUUCAAAUCGUGGGUAUUUUACAAGUUUCAAAAAAUUGUGAUGCAAUUACCAAGUUUUUGGAGUGCAAUAAUUUUGAUGCUCAACUGAUCGCAGAUUCAGAAAAACAGCUGCUAAAAGAAGAUCUUUCAAAUGGAUGCUGUAUACCUCUUAAUAAGGCUUUAAGUACAAAUUUUUGGAAGGUUCCAUUUGUAGAUGCGCUUGACUUAGUACGUAAACGUCGUGUUUUAUUAAUUUCUGGUUUUGCAUACGUUUCUGAAGAUGAUCUUCAAGUUAUAAUGUGUACCAGAUUUCGUCUGAAUAUAGCUGCUGCAAUGGCUCGUGCGUGCAGAAAUAUCGUUUUUCUUGAAGAAGAUGAUCGGUUAAUGCCAUUUUUGAAAAAGCUAUCAAGCAGAUCAUAUGUAGGUAAAAACUACGUUGGAAAAGAUACUUCCCGCAUAACACCUAAUAUGGUUGAUUGUCUUGCUGCUAGUUCGUUUCCUCUGUGCAUGAGGACUAUACAUAAUCGACUUCGAGCUGAUCAUCAUUUACGUCAUGGAGCGCGAAUGCAGUAUGGCUUGUUCUUGAAGGCAAUUGGUAUGACAUUAGAAGAUGCAUUGUGUUUCUGGCGAACAGAAUUUACCAAAAAAAUGGACUCUGACAAAUUUGAAAAACAGUACGCUUAUAAUAUUCGUCACAAUUAUGGUAAAGAGGGAAAACAUGCUGAUUAUGCAGCAUAUCCAUGCACGAAGAUUAUUUUGGAUAUAACUCCAUCAUCUGGAGAUUGCCAUGGUUGCCCUUACAGACAUUGUGAUUCACAGCUACUUAUCCAAAAAUUGGAGAAUUUGGGAUUCACAAAAUCUCAGAGUGACUCUAUUGUAUCUUUGGCUAAAAGUGCACGAUAUGAUAAAGCUUGCACGCGAUACUUUGAAUGUGCCCACAAAAUGACUGAGAAUUCAAUGAGUACUGUAAUAACCCAUCCAAACCAAUAUUACGAAUUGUCACGCCAAGUUCAUGAAGGAAAAAGGAACAAAGAGGAGGAGCCAAAACAUGAAAUUAUACUCAAUAUUUCACAACCUAACUCGACGGAAGACGACAUUGAAGACCUGAUGAAAUUCGCGAAUUCAUAG